GUCUGAAGAAAUAGUUCCUGGCUCCCAUGAUGAGCUGGUUCCUGGAGGGGUCCAGAGCAAGCUGGGAGAAAUUGUGAACUCCAGGUGAUGAGCUUUCCUUCAAAACAGAAGAAUGGCAAUGUGUAGGCUGUUUAAGCUUCUUCUCUGGAAAAAUUAUAUCUUAAAGAAGCGCAUGCUUCUAUCAAGCCUCGUAGAAGUCUUAUUGCCAUUACUGUGUGCUGGAGUUUUAAUUUCACUUCGUGUGAAGAGCAAACCACAACAUAAGAAUUCUAUACGCUAUAAGCCUUUAUCCAUUGAUGAUCUGCCCAGCGUCUUCAUUAAAACUUUUCCACCAAAUUUCCUGUUCCUAUUUUAUUUCCCUUCUGAAAGUGAUGCUGUGAAGACUAUUGCUAAGAAAGUGUCACAUUCCUUCCGGUUUGCUUUAAGAGUUAAAGCGUAUGCUGAAGAAAAUGUUGAAAAUGGCUUCUCAUACACGUUUUCUACAAUUGCUUUUACUCAGAUCACAAACAAAAGUGCUUGCCUGCCACUUAAGGUUGACUACCACCUGCGCUUUCCCUUCCGCCAAAAGUUUUUUAAUGUAGAUGAGAAAGACCAGAUAGGAGAAGUGUUGGAUGGAUGGAAUACACACCUUCUUUUUCCACUUUUUAUACUUUCAGGACCCAGAAAUCCUUCUGUUCCUGAUAGAGGAUUGCCUGAAUAUUUCCGAGAAGGGUUUCUGUCUCUGCAACAUGCUGUCAACAGAGAAAUCAUGUAUUACCACAUGAAUCACUCUAUGACUCAGCAGUAUGAGAAAAUCAGCAUUACUAUGAAGAGAUUCCCGUUUCCAUCUUACAUUCAGGACCCAUUCAUUUCAAUCUUAGAGGACAAUUUUUCCAUGUUGAUCAUGCUGAGCUUCCUUUGCAGUUCAAUCUUCAUCAUCCAUGCUGUUGUUCAGGAAAAAGAAAAAAAAUUCAAGGAGUAUAUGCGCAUCAUGGGACUUAGCAAUUGGCUGCAUUGGAGUGCAUGGUUCUUCAUGUACAUAUCUUUCUUCAUUAUUGUUAUCUCACUUAUGAUCUUACUCUUCUCUCUGAAGGUGGAUUAUAAUGUGUCAGUGCUCACAAAAAGUGACCCAACUUUGGUGUUUUUCUUUCUAUUAUGUUUUGCCAUAGCUACCAUCUCCUUCAGCUUUAUGAUUAGUGUGUUCUUCAGUAAAGGGAUAGGUAUUCAGUGGAAACAUGUGUUGAAGAUUUCCAAGUCUGAGAAAUUCGGCUUUGGGGAGGUGCUGAUAAUGCUGCUAAUUGACAGUAUCUUAUAUGGCUUGGUGACCUGGUAUGUGGAGACUGUCUUUCCAGGGAAAUAUGGUAUACCUCAGCCUUGGUACUUCUUCGUGAUGGUGACCCUCUAUUGGUCUGGAAGGCCACGUAAUGUUGCACAUAAUGAAGAGCUGGAGAAUAAAUUUAAUAUGCUUGAGAGAAAAGCUUAUAUUCAGGAUGAGCCUAAAGACUUGUUUGCCGGAGUAAGAAUUUGUAAUCUGUCUAAGAUAUUCAAGUCAAGGAAUACUAUCAAAAAGGCAGUAAACAACCUAACACUGAAUAUGUAUGAGGGGCAGAUCACUGUGCUUCUUGGACAUAAUGGAGCAGGGAAGACCACUACCUUGUCCAUACUGACAGGUCUUCUCCCUCCUACAAGUGGAGAGGCAUACCUCAGUGGGUAUGAGAUCUCACGGGACAUAGUACAGAUCCGGAAAAGCCUGGGCUUAUGCCCACAAUAUGACAUCUUGUUUGAUUACAUGACAGUUGCUGAACAUCUUUACUUCUAUGUUCAGUUGAAAGGAGUAAGUGAUAAAGAUUGGUCUGAUGAAAUCAAUUAUAUCUUAAAUAUUCUUAACCUGGAAAAUAAGCGCAACACAAUUUCCAAGUCCCUGAGUGGAGGAAUGAAGCGCAAAGUCUCCAUUGGCAUCGCCCUCAUAGGAGGAUCUAAGGUGGUGAUGUUGGAUGAGCCAACAUCAGGUAUGGAUCCAGUCUCACGGCGAGCCACAUGGGACCUCCUUCAGAAUCAGAAAAGUAACCGCACUAUUCUAUUGACUACCCACUUUAUGGAUGAAGCUGAUCUUCUGGGAGACCGCAUUGCCAUCAUGGCAAAGGGUGAACUGCAGUGCUGUGGCUCUUCGCUUUUCCUCAAACAAAAAUAUGGUGCAGGAUACCAUAUGAUCAUGGUGAAGGGGCAACACUGUAAUGUACAUGAAAUUGAAAUUCUGAUUCGUGAACAUAUACCAAAUGCCACUAUGGAGAGAAAUAUGGGAGCUGAGUUAUCAUUUAUCUUGCCCAAAGAAAAUGUACACAGUUUUGAAGCUUUGUUUGAAGAACUGGAAGAGAGACAAGAGGAGCUGGGCAUCUCUAGCUUUGGGGCCUCUGUCACCACUAUGGAAGAAGUCUUCCUAAGGGUUAGCAAACAGGUCGAUUCCAGCAUGGAUCUCCAGUCCAUCCAUCUCCCUUCUAUUAGAGGCCUGAGCAAUGUCAGAUCAAAAAAGAAAAUGGAUCUCACUGUCUUAUCCAAGAAGAGUUCUGUCGUAAAUGAGACAAAUAACUUUAAGUUCAAGCUUCAGUGGCAGAAAUUCUAUGCUAUGUUUAUUAAGAAAGUGUUAUUCACUUGGCGCAACUGGAAGAUGAUGGUAGCACAAUCAAUUGCUCCUCUGCUUUCUAUCAUAUUCAUUAUCGAAGUCUUUAAAAUGGAUGUAGAGUCAACAACAAUCCCCAUGUUACGUCUGACUUUGAACCAGUAUGGCCAUACGACUGUGCCUUUCUUCAUCUCUAAGACAGCAAAACUGCAUCCAAACCUCUCAGAUCACAUUUCAAACACUAUUCAAGCUGAGGGACACAUGCCACUGGAAGUGAUAGGUUCCAAAUUUUCUUCCUUCCUCCCUAUAGAAGAUUUCCUGAUAUCAAAGGCAGAAGAAGAAUCUGAUACCUUUGAUGAAAACUUUCUUAUGGCAAUGUCCUUUCAAGACAAGGAGGAUCAAACAGUCAUCUCUACUCUGUUCAAUAACCAGGCCUACCAUACUGCUCCCAUGGCCUUGUCAAUGGUGGAAAAUAUUCUCUACAAGUUGUUUUUUGGCUCCAGGGCUUCCAUUACAGUCACCAAUGAACCUGAGCUUCCACAACUUGUUGAGGCUUCUCAUAUUAGACUCUUUCAGGUCUCUAAGGGACAUUUUCUUUCCAUUUCCAUGGUUUUUGGAAUGUCAUUCAUGGUCAGUUCAUUUGCCAUUCUUGCAAUCAGUGAUCGAGUCUUAAGGUCAAAACAUAUCCAGUUUAUCAGUGGAAUUUCUCCAGUUCAUUACUGGCUUUCUUUCCUGUUGUGGGAUUUAAUCACCAUCUUCCUUAACAGCUUGCUACUAUUGUGCUUAAUGAAGGUCAUCGAUGAGAAAGUUUACAUCCAGAGCAAACACCCUGAAGCCGUCGUACUGAGGCUCCUGCUGUAUGGCUGGUCUGUCAUCCCUUGCAUGUACCUGAUGAGCUGCUUCUUCUCCGGGCCUGCUUCUGGGUGUGCCAAACUCGUGGUUCUGAACAUCAUUACAGGCAUUGUUCCGUUCAUCAUUUUCACCAUCACAGGGCGAUAUGGCUUUCAAAAGCUUAGUGACAAGUUGGAUAUUUUAUUCCAGUUGCUACCAAAUUAUGACCUAUCAAUGGCUUUCUCCAAUUUGUAUUAUAACUAUGAAAUCAAACGGUUCUGUAAAGUUUUGGAAAUUCCAAAGGACAAUUGCAAAACAAGAUUCCUGGAGAAAAUUUGGGUUGUCCUGUGUCGUUGCAGAAGUGGAGAGGAAUUUGACAACAUUAAACCCACUCCUGAGUGUGGGUCCAGAGCAGGAUGUGAGGGAGUCUUAGUGGAGCACCCCUGGGACCCAUAUACAUUUUGUAAGAACCAAGCUCCAUUGGUUUGGUUUCUUAAUCUGAGGAGAAUAUCUUGGCAGUCUCUUGGGAUUGGAAAGUAUUUGACCUCCAUGGCUAUAUCUGGCCCUAUUUUUCUCCUGUUGCUUUUCUUCACUGAGACCAACUUCUUCCGGAAACUGAAAAUCUCUUUCUGUAAGGUCUUUGAGAGAGAGAAAUUGUCACGGGUUCAUAGCUUGCCAUCUUUGAUUUUCAAAGACGAUGAUGUGGAAGAGGAGAGAGAGAAAAUCCUGAAUUCACUUCCAGUGCUAUUGCAGAACACCCCUCUAAUCACUGAAGAACUCACAAAGGUGUGUGGUCAUAGGAAGACACCCAUCCUCACUGUGAAUAGGAUCUCCUUCACAGUCCAGAAAAAUGAGUGUUUUGGGCUGCUGGGCUUCAAUGGAGCUGGGAAAACCUCCACCUUCAAAAUGCUGACUGGGGAAAACAUCAUCACAUCUGGAGAUGCCUUUAUCAAUGGAAAGAGCGUCCUCAGUAACCUCAAAACGUUGCAGGGACAAGUCAGCUACUGUCCUCAGUUCGAUGCCCUGCUGGACCACAUGACAGGACGAGAAACCUUAACCAUGUAUGCCCGGAUAUGGGGCAUUCCUGAGCCCCAAAUCCAACUGUAUGUGAAAAAUAUGAUACAGAAGCUGCAUCUGGACCCCCAUGCAGACAAACUUGUCAAAAACUAUAGUGGUGGCAACAGGCGUAAGCUGAGCACUGGUAUUGCCCUUAUGGGAAAUCCCUCAGUUGUCUUCCUGGAUGAGCCAUCCACGGGCAUGGACCCUGUGGCUCGGCGCCUGCUCUGGAAUGCAGUGACCGAGAUCCGUCAGCUUGGCAAGGCCAUCAUCAUUACCUCCCACAGCCUGGAGGAAUGUAAAGCCCUGUGUACCAGGCUGGCCAUCAUGGUGAAUGGACAGUUCAAGUGUCUGGGCAGCCCGCAGCACCUCAAGAGCAAAUAUGGGAGUGGCUACACCCUACUGGCCAAAAUUAAAGGCUACACUAAAGAGGAAGAAAAGAUGGCAGUUGAGGCAUUCAAAACAUUUGUGGAUGAGACCUUUCCAGGCAGUAUCCUGGAAGAGGAGCACCAAGGGAUGGUCCAUUACCACUUGCCCAAAGAGAAUCUCAAAUGGUCAAAGGUAUUUGGCAUCUUGGAAGAAGUCAAAGACAGGUAUAAAUUGGAUGACUAUUCUGUAAGUCAAGUCUCACUGGAACAAGUCUUCUUGAGCUUUGCCCAUUUACAAAACUCAAAAGGAGAUGAAUCCUAAAGAGCAGCCAAUUGAAUUUUGAGCCCCUUACCACCUCCCUUUCCAUCCCAUUAUAUGUCACCAGAGAUACCAGUUGACUCUGUGUAUGUGCAUAUCUUCAUAUAAAAAUGUAACAAUGAACUCCCUCAAGGAGGGAUUUUGCUUUC